AUGGUUCACGACAUCACAAGAUUCAAUACUAGUGCCAUUUAUCAUCGAGUCUUCACUGCCUGUAAGGUACCUCAGAGCGUCUCUGAGGUUAAAGCAGUUGCAGACGCCUCGAUCACACGAUUACACGAACAUUACCGGGCCAUUGUCAAUGGGCCUUAUAAGCGCGGUUGCACAGCUCAGAGAGAGUGGAAUGGGCAUAUUGAUAUUCAAACGUACCCAUUGCCACAACAUCGGCAAGGUAUUCAACUAUUCAACCCUAACCCUAUCAAUGGGACUGGGAAUAGAGCAUCAAUAGAGAAGCUAGGCGACCUAGCCUCUGGCUUUCUCAAUUGCAUUCGUAGAUGA